CAGUGUUAAAAUGUGAAGGAAGCUGUUGAAAUGAGGAAGUUGGAGGGCUGCACGGCUUCAGACCGAGUCUGAGGUGAGAUGUAGACGGACUGAACGGACCGAGGAAGCAGCUCCGCUCCGCUCAGCUCGCACAGAUUCUUGCUUCCUGGUGGCUGAACCCGGCUCGGCCCACCAGCGACAGAGACACCAUGUCCGACAACGUCAACGCCUUGCCGUUCUUCUACGGGAACAUCACCCGGGAGGAGGCGGAGAGCUACCUGAAGCCGGCGGGCUCGGACAGCGGCGUCUACCUCCUGCGGCAGAGCAGGAACUACCUGGGGGGGUUCGCGCUGUCGGUGUCCAACCUGGGCCGCUGCUACCACUACACCAUCGAGAGGCAGCCCAACGAGACCUACGCCAUCGCCGGGGGCAAGAGCCACCGCAGCCCCGUGGACGUGAUCGACUACCACUCCCAGGAGACGGACGGCCUGGUGUGCCUGCUGAAGAAGCCUUGCAACCGGCCCAAGAACAUGCAGCCCAAGGUGGGCCCGUUCGAGGACCUGAAGGAGAAGCUGAUCCGCGAGUACGUCAAGCAGACCUGGAACCUGCAGGGCGCCGCCCUGGAGCAGGCCAUCAUCAGCCAGAGGCCUCAGCUGGAGAAGCUGAUCGCCACCACGGCCCACGAGCGCAUGCCCUGGUUCCACGGGACCAUCACGCGAGAGGACUCCGAGCCGCGGCUGCAGCACGGGCCCCGCGUCAACGGGAAGUUCCUGAUUCGACAGAGGGACACCAAAGGCUCGUACGCUCUGUGUCUGCUGCACGAGGGGCAGGUCAUGCACUACCGCAUCGACAGGGACCGCAGCGGAAAGCUGUCCAUCCCCGACGGGAAGAAGUUCGACACCCUGUGGCAGCUGGUGGAGCACUACUCCUACAAGCCCGACGGGCUGCUGCGGGUGCUGACGGAGGCCUGUCCCCGACCCGACGGAGACAUCACUCUGGUCGACCCCUCGCUGCAGCAUCACCUCGGGCUGGGUCAGAGCCUGCAUAAUGCAACCAAUGGACUCAUCUCCAUAAUCAAGAGGACCGCCAUACUGGGACGGCAAAAGCUGCCGGGUUCUCGACAUGACAACUCAGACCAUCUCAAUUCGUACGAAACCAGAGUGCCCAGCGGUCAAGCUCACACCAAAGAGGCCAUGCCGAUGGACACGGGGGUGUACGAGAGUCCUUACGCUGAUCCGGACGAACUGCGGAGCUCCACCGUGAACCGCAGCCAGCUCUUCCUGGAGGACGGAGAACUGGGCUCUGGAAACUUUGGCACGGUCUUAAGAGGCACCUACACCAUGAGGAAGACAAAGAAACCCGUCGCCGUCAAAAUCCUGAAGAACGACGACAGCAACCCGUCAGUCCGCGAGGAGAUGCUGCGAGAAGCCAACGUCAUGCAGCAGCUGGACAAUCCCUACAUCGUGAGGAUGAUCGGCAUCUGCGAGGCGGAGAACCUCAUGCUGGUGAUGGAGCUGGCCGAGCUGGGGCCGCUCCACAAGUUCCUGCAGAAAAACAAGAGCACCUCCAUGAAGAACAUCACUGAGCUGGUCCACCAGGUGUCCAUGGGCAUGAAGUACCUGGAGGAGCAUAACUUCGUCCACAGGGACCUGGCGGCCCGAAACGUCCUGCUGGUCACGCAGCACUACGCCAAGAUCAGCGACUUCGGCCUGUCUAAGGCCGUGGCCGAGGAGCAGAACUACUACAAGGCAAAGGCUCAUGGGAAGUGGCCGGUGAAGUGGUACGCUCCCGAGUGCAUCAACUACUUCAAGUUCUCCUCGAAAAGCGACGUGUGGAGCUUCGGGGUGCUCAUGUGGGAGGCCUUCUCCUACGGACAGAAGCCAUACAAGGGGAUGAAGGGGAACGACGUGAUGCAGAUGAUCGAGAGCGGGCAGCGGAUGGACUCGCCGCCGAACUGCCCCCCGGAGAUGUACGAGCUGAUGAGGACCUGCUGGACGUACAAGGCAGAAGAACGGCCGGCGUUCUCCAUCGUGGAGCCCAGGCUACGAGAGUAUUACUACGACAUCGCUCAGUGAUCCGUCAUGUGGACGUCUGGAGUCUAUGCAAACUCUUGGCUGAGGAGGAAAAUCCCAGCAGCUGGAAAUGGUUAUGUAAUAUUCACUGUUAGUUCAACUUUUAAUAUAAGUAUGCAAUAAUAAUAAUAUUGAUAAGAAUGGCAUUUAUUUUAUUACUUUGAGUCCCUGGAAGUUGUGAUGAACAUGUGAGUUCAGCUAACUUCACGGAAACGAAGGAGAACUCGCUUAAAUGCUGCAUGCUUCAUGUGAAACAGCAGGGGUGUCAAACAUAUGGUUCAGGGGCCAAAACCGGCCCGCCAGAGUCUUAAUUUAUGUAGUGGGGAUUGUAGUGUUGAAGGAAUGUGGGAUAGAAACUGCAUCGUGGUGCAAAUGGGUUAAAGUCAGGGGUUAGGGGUGA